CGGUACCGGCACUACAUCCGACAGGGCCGCGGAGUUCGCGGGAAACCGGCUGCAGUCGGACUAUGAUAAAUUAGACUCGGAAUUUGACUGCUGUCUUUUUUUUCGAAACUUGUUUAUUACCAAUCCGGCCCUUUUCGACUAACACGGUUAAAAACAGAGCAGUGACACGGCUUAAAUACCGCUGCACCGACACCGAUGCUAACACCUGACGCUAGCUAGCUAGCUGGGUUGUCGCAUCGGCUAACGGGAACAUUGUGCUUCAUGCGACUGCACGGAGAAAAUACCGCUGAGUAGCAAGAGACAAAGGGCUGCCGCUGUCAGUCACGGGGGAGGAAAAAUAAACGACUAGUUAACAUGAGUUUGUUCAAUUUGAACCGUUUUCGUUUCGAGAAGAAGACAGCGAAUAAAGAGGAGGAGAGCGGGUCUAAAAGUCCAGAGUCUGAAAAGGAGAACAAGCCAGCUAAGAUGAAACCUGCCAAAGCCCCUCCAAAGUCCCAUGCCCGCGGAGUGGUUUUUGAGGAAGUCCUUACUAUUGACCUGGAGGAGGACGAGGUCCUCUCCGAACCAAAUACCAAAAUAUCAUCUUCCAGGAAAUCCAAGAGUCCGGUUGGAAAGGCAUCCAAUAUUGUGGUGUCGGAUCACACAGAUGACGAGGAAAAUGAAAUGGAAGACAAAGUGAGCAAACUGCUGGAGAUGUUUCCUCAGCUGAGUAGACAGGAGGUGCUGGAGGUCACUGGGAGUACAAGCACACUGGAUGGGGCUGUAGCUGUCUGCCUUUUGAGGUUUGGGGAUAAAGAAGCCCCGAAUCAAGGCAGGAAGAGAAAGCAGGAUGGAUCCAGCAGUUCUCAGGACAGUGGUGAGAGUCACCCGAGCAAGAAGAGGAAACCAUCAGAGGCCUCUGAUGAAGGAGAAAGUGAAGGGAGUGAGCCCAGCUUCGAGAGGCAGGAAUCCAUGGUUAGAAGACUGCAAAAGAAGUUUCCUGACCAGGACAAGGAGGAGCUGCGGAUGGUGCUGCAGGAACACGACUGGAACGUUGAAGACGCUCUGCAGGUUCUACAGAUGUUCUCCGACCCAGAUAAUAGCAGUUUCAGCUCACCCGAUUCACAAGAAAAGAAAGUCAGCAAGUCAAAGAGCAAAGAGAAGUCAAGCAGGAGCCACAGAGAGUUGAAGCACCACGAAGAUCACCAAAAUAGUAAAACGAAGGGAAAUCACAAGGGCUCUAAAAACCACAAAGAUAUCAGUGAAACAGAAGAGGACAGCACAGAUGAUUCAGAUGCUACAAAAGACAGUGAAGACGAGUCGGAGUCAGACGACAGCAAAAACAAAAGUAGCACUUCCACUCUCUCGUCAUGGAUUAUAAAAAAACCAGACUCAGUGUCUUCAUCCUCCUCUGUCACAAAGACUACUACCUCUUCCUCCCUGAAGCCGUCCUCCUCUUCCUCCGUGGCCCAGACGCUGUCCAGGUUUGCCAGCGUGACAAGCAUAGCGAAGAAGGAGGCAGUGGAGAGAAAACGGAAGGCGCGUGCCUCAGAUGAACGUGUCAGUUCGGAGGAGGACAGCGACGGCGAGGACACGGUGAACAGCGAGUUUGAGGACUCGGACGAUGAGCUGGACUCUGAAGGUGGGAUGACGGAUCUGAAGAAGGAGAUACUCAAGUUCUUCCAGGACGCGUCCAUAGAUGAGCUGUCGCUGAUUUCCGGGUGCUCGGUUAAAAAGGCCCAGAAGAUUGUGGAGCUGAGACCCUUUGAUCAGUGGCAGAGCCUGACUGAAGUCUUUCAUAAAGACAAUGGACUUUCAGAAGACCUGCUGCUGGGCUGCAGAGUCGUCCUCAAAGAGCGGAAGGUUGUCCUGGAGCUCAUGUCCAAGUGUGAGACCAUUUCUUCGAAAAUGGUCAAAGAGGUGACUGAGGUGAUGGAGAAGGGCACCGGAGCCAUGAAACAACCCAGUGUACUCAACAGCCAGUUCCAGCUGAAGCCCUACCAGCUGAUUGGUCUGAAGUGGCUGCUGCUUCUGCAUAAACACAAACUGAGUGGGAUCCUCGCUGAUGAAAUGGGUUUGGGGAAAACUAUCCAGGCGAUAGCAUUUCUGGCCCAGCUGUACCAGAAUGGAAUCGAAGGUCCUCACCUCAUCACUGUGCCUUCCUCUACGCUGGAUAACUGGGUCCGAGAGCUUAAGCUGUGGUGUCCUGACCUCAAAGUUCUGGUCUAUUACGGAUCUAUGGAAGACCGCCGCUACCUCAGACACGAUAUCCUCAAUGAAGACGUUGAGUUCAACGUCAUUGUGACAACGUAUAACUUGGCCAUAGGGAACGACAACGACCGCAGCCUGUUUCGUAGGCUGCGUCUGAAGUACGCUGUGUUCGAUGAAGGCCACAUGCUGAAGAACAUGAACUCGCUGCGCUACCGCCACCUCAUGGCUAUUAACGCAGAGCAUCGCUUGCUGUUGACGGGAACUCCUUUACAGAACAAUCUCUUGGAGCUGAUGUCGCUUUUAAACUUCAUCAUGCCUUCCAUGUUCUCCAGCUCCACUACGCAGCUCUCCAAAAUGUUUUCAAUGAAAUCCCACGAGGAGCAGAGCCGUUUCGAGAGGGAUCGCAUUUCUCAGGCCAAACUCAUCAUGAAGCCUUUCAUCCUCCGAAGAAUCAAGAGUGAGGUCCUCAAGCAGCUGCCAGCUAAAGAAGAAAAGGUGGAGUUCUGCUCAAUGAGUGAGAAACAGCAGGUUUUGUACCAGUCGCUCCUUAAAAAACUCAAGACUUCCACCAAUGGCGAGAAGCGCGAGUUGUGUAACGUGAUGAUGCAGCUGAGAAAGAUGGCCAACCACCCCCUGCUUCACAGACAGUACUACACCACAGACAAGCUCAAAGCCAUGAGCAAACUUAUGCUCAAGGAGCCCACACAUUUUGAUGCAGAUGCCGCUCUCAUCCAAGAGGACAUGGAAGUGAUGUCAGACUUCGAGCUGCACCGUCUGUGCCAGCAGUACUCCUCCAUCAGCUCCUACCAGCUUGAAAGCAAGGUCCUGCUCGACUCUGGAAAAUUCCUCCAUCUCACGGAGCUGCUGACCUCGCUGAAAAGCCAAGGGGACCGAGUGGUACUAUUCAGUCAGUUCACCAUGAUGUUAGACAUCGUGGAAGUGCUGCUGAAACAUCUGAAGCAUCGUUACGUCAGGCUGGAUGGAUCCACACCCAUAGCCGACAGGAUUGUGUUGAUUGAUGAGUUCAACACGGACCCUGACAUAUUCGUGUUCCUGCUGUCGACGCGCGCCGGUGGCCUCGGCAUCAACCUCACCUCGGCCAACGUUGUCAUCCUGCACGACAUCGACUGCAAUCCCUACAAUGACAAACAGGCAGAGGACAGAUGUCACCGUGUGGGCCAGACCAGGACUGUGCAGGUGAUUAAGCUGAUCAGUAAGGACAGCAUAGAGGACUGCAUCCUACAGGUGGGCAACAAGAAACUAAAGCUGGAGCAGGACAUGACCACUGCUGGAGAGGGUGGUGAGGGGACCAUACCGGAAGAUAUGGCGUCUUUGCUCAAAGCCUCACUGGGACUGUGACACGCCAACAAGGGAAACCUGAAACUGUGCGAACACAUUUUUUGAUGGCGUUCCUGUGAUUCUGGGCAGACUUGAUAAUACCGACUGAACACACACACACACACACACACACACACACACACACACUUUAGUGUCUAUACUGGAGAACUACUGCAAACCACAUACUGCCAUGAAAAAAAAAAAACUGAAAUCUGAUCUACUGUGUUUCAUG